AUGUCGGCGAAGACGAUUACUUUGAAGAGUUGUGACGAACAGAUGUUUGUUAUCGAGGAGGCCACUGCUUUGCAAUCUAAAACCCUUGAGCACAUGAUCGCUGAUAACCCAAGUGAUGAGAAUAUCCCUGUGACGACUACCAUCACCGCCAAUGUCUUGGCAAAGGUAAUCGAAUACCUCAACAAACACGCUGAGGUUGAGACUAGCGAUGAAGAUAAAAAGAUUUGGGAUGCACAGUUUGUGAAUUUUGAUAACGCAAACCAAAAUACAUUGCCCCCUAUAUUGUUUGACAUGAUCCAGGCUGCCAAAAUUCUCGAAAUAAAGGGCUUGUCGUACUUGACAGCACAGAAAGUGGCGGACUGGAUUAAAGGUAAGACACCAGAUGAGAUCAUCGAGAUGUUCCCUCUGCAGAGAUCAGGAGUAAAUCAUAGCUGGUGCAUAGAUUUCUUUCUUUCCAUAGUACUCGUGUCUAGUGAUUUUUCUAAUUGUAUCCAUCAAAAGCUUGCGGUAGAUAAAUGUGAUAUGAGGAAAACAUUAGCUGCUGCAGAACCUGGGGCAGUUCUGCAUUUUUCUUCUUCAUCAGAGAUGUUUUGGGAAUCAGAUAUUCAAAGAACCCAUGAUAGUUCUGGAAUGGGUUUUGUGGACUGUAAGGCAAAGAGGGUUGUAGCUACUGCUGGGACUGUAUCUGGUGUAAUAGGGAAAGAUUAC